AUGGCAGCCCCAAUGCAGGAGCCGGACACCCUGGGAUUUGACCAGACGACGACGCAGUUCGUGAACUGGUUCACCGCGGCUAAUGGAACCCGACUUAGUCCCAAGGUUCAGUUGAAGGAUCUCAGGCAUGAGAACGCUGGAAGAGGCGCUGUCGCGAUAGCAGAUAUCGCCUCAGAUGAAGAAUUGUUCGCAAUUCCUCGAUCCCUGGUCCUCACUACCGCGACAUCCAGCAUUCCCCGCUCCGUCCUCAAGGAACUAGAGGACAAGGGUGCCACCGGGGCAUGGCCGCCAUUGAUCGUGACCAUCAUCUACGAGUAUUUGCGAGGAGAGUCCUCUCCGUGGCAUCCCUACUUCAAGAUCCUGCCCACCACCUUCAACACCCUCAUGUUUUGGAAUGAUGCCGAGCUUGCCGAGUUACAAGCCAGUGCAGUGGUUGACAAGAUUGGGCGUCGUCAGGCCGAGGAAGAAUGGCAAAACACCAUCAUUCCUACAAUGGCAGACCACCCUGAUCUCUUUCCUGUGGGCGGGUCCUCCGCGAAACUCAUCGAACUUGCCCACAUGGCUGGCAGUUUGAUCAUGGCGUACGCUUUCGAUAUCGAUCGAGACGACAUGGAAGAUGACAAUGACAACGACAAAGACGGCGCUGAUUCUGCAGACGACGAGUUCGAGGAGGAUGACGAAGAUGAGCCAUUCAAGGGCAUGGUGCCAUUUGCCGACAUGUUGAAUGCUGACGCCGACAAGAACAAUGCUCGUCUGUUUCAGGAACCUGACUACCUCAUCAUGAAGGCCACAAAGCCAAUCUCAGCCGGCGAGCAAAUCUUCAACGACUAUGGCCCUCUCCCUCGCUCCGACCUUCUCCGUAUGUAUGGCUAUGUCACCGAUAACUACGCUCAGUACGAUGUCGUCGAGUUCUCGCAUGACCUUUUGCUCGAGGUGGCUGGGAAACACAGCAAGAGCAAGGAUCAAGUAUGGCGGGAGCGUGAACAGCAACUUGAUGAACUUGGUGUGUUAGACGACGGUUAUGCUAUUACCCGGCCCGAGUACGACACCCAAGGUCUCCAGGAUGUGCUUCCUGGACAGGUACACAUGCUCUUGCGAGCUCUUUGUGCGCGUGAAGAUGACCCCAAAGCCCUCAAGAAGCCCAAGGACGCUGUCACAGUUGAAGAAGCCGCUCUGCUACAGGCAGUGCUUACCAAGAAGCUGAGCGAGUAUGCCACGUCUUACGAGACAGACCAGGCAAUUUGGGGCGCCCUGCGGUCGAACCCUCCUGGUUUCAAUGUGCCAGCCGGUUGCAAUCCGCAGCGAUUCUGGAUGGCACUCCAGGUCAGGAUAGGCGAGAAGGAAAUCUUGCGACAACUAAUUGCAUUAUGCCAGGCGCACAUCAAGCAGAAGUCCGAGGAAGUCGCUGCUGGAGCGUCCAAGCGAAAACACGACGGCAGCACAGAUACGCAAUCAAGGAAAACGGCAAGAAGAGAAAAACACCGGUGA